AUGGAUAUUGAGUCACAUUGGCAGCAAACCAAGAGGACGUACUGGCUGGACAAUUGUGAAGAGCUCAAGCGAUGGGCAGAGCAUUUCGACAAUGUCUUAAAUCGACCAGUCCCUGAACCACCCACCAGACAUCAACCAGAAAAGGCAGAAUUGCCAGUCAGCAUUGGCUGGAAGAAAUCUGACACUAGUAAGAGUUUAUUUCGCCUUUGGUUUGUCGGUUUUUUAAAUUUUAGUUUCUCACAAAAACCUCAAGGACAAUGUCCAAACCAAGGAAAUCCUGCAACACUGUCUUGUUGCCUGAACUACCUAAACAUAGGCGGAGAAUGUAUAGCCUGCCAGUCUGGGACUAUGGGGAUCAACUGCUCCAAAAUCUGUCCUGAUGGCUUUUAUGGUCAGUUUUGCCUGAAGAAAUGUAAUUGUGAUCACACACAACGCUGUAGUAAGGCCAGAGGAUGUGUGUGUAAGGGAGAUAACUGCCCAAGCGAGACCGAUACAUUCAAUGAAUUCAGGAAAGUUCAGUGCAAAUCAAACGAAGCUGCUUUAAUUGUAAUGGGUCUCAUUAUUGGUUUGCUUCUAAUAUUCAUAAUACCAGUAACAGUACAGCUCUACAGACUAAACAACACAACAAGACCAGUACAUGCUUACAUGGAAACAGAUUUAAAAACAGAAAGUAAACAUUUGCAUUCUUACGAAGCUAUGAAAAGAAACGACCUUAAAGUGACAAAAGAUGAUGAAAUGGAACAUUACAUAGAGCCAAAAAUCAUGACAAGAACACGUGACGAACACUAUUUAGAACCAGCGCAGACUUCUGGAACACAAAGAAAGAAUACUGGACACAAACAAGGAUGCACUGGAAUUUAUAACACAAAUUAUUCAAAAAUAAAUGAAGCAGACAUUAUGACUGAAUUACCACAUAAAGUUGGUUCUGUGCAACCAAAAAUCAUGAAAUCGACCCCUGGGGUGUCAUCAAAUAAGGGAUAUGAACACUCUUACCUGGGCAUGACUAGUAAGCCAAAGGGAACUAACCUAGAGGUCAUAGGUACAAAACAACCGAAAUUACAGUCAAACCACAACACAUCGGACUAUGUCGACGCAGAUCCACUGAAUCAGGAAGAACUGUACGAAUGA